UGACAGAUACCCUCUUCGCAAAGUAUGUUCUCCGCGUCAUCUCUCGUCGAGUUAACGACAAAACAUAUUGUACGAAGAAGUAUGUAUUAGGAGAAGAUGUAGAGAUAUAAGAGGUUUUAAUCCCCCAAAGUCUCGACCAACUGUUUGAACGUAAACAUGAUGGUGACUGAAGACGAAUGCAUGGAGGAAGAGUUUGCAAAAGAUGUUUUCAAGCUGUCACAAUUCAUCGAGGGCAUUGUUAUCAUUAAAUAGAAUUAUAGAACAAAACAUCCAUUAGCAUACAGGUAUAGCAUCAGAGUAUUCUGGAAAAAGUUGGAGAAUAAAGAGGACAACCAACAAAAUUGGUGAAAUCGUUUAUGUCUGCUGUGGAUGAUCUGUAUAUUAUUCUUUUGUACAGACAGAGAGAGAGAGUUUCUACCUGUUCUAAAAGUUGAAAUAUUUAAGAACAAGAUGCAGUUACAGAUUUAUCAAGCACUGAAAAUGAUACAAAGGAUUCAAGCUCAUCGUCAGGACUACAUUGUUGAGCCAAUUAUUUCUGUAUCAUGAAUGUCUUAUAAAGGAGUUUUAUAAAAUUGCCUUUAAUGUAGUCUGUAAUUCAGACAACUUGUUGCAUGGUAUAUCGGUUAUUUGAAGAUCGAGUGCUUGGAUAUACCCAGAGAGUCGACAAUAUUAGUGCUUAAUGAUUAGUUAAUGUUUGAUAAGACAAACAGAAAAUUAAUUGAACAGAAAUCAUUGAGGAGAUUUACAGGAUCACAUCGUUAAUUCAUGUCAAGCAUCAUGUGAUUCAAAUAUGUGACAAAACAUUUAAUGUCACAAUUGAUUUUAUUAGAAAAUUAAUUUGAAGCUGUUAUCAUGUGAGGAUGGCUGAUAAGAUUUAUGUUGACUGAUAAGAAUCUAUUCGAGCAGGGUAUUUUCGAUUGUACCUAUCUGUUUUGCUAUAAAUGUAAACAGAAAUUAUCUAUAUGAAACAUUUUCUAUAUGAAACAUACAUCAAGGUGAACAUAGUCGUCAGUGUUGCCAAUCACGCAUGCGCUUUUGCGACAUCUUGACGUGGCAACGAUGCGACAUCGGUGUAGAGUUUUAACGUUUACUUCACUCCAUACUACAGUGUCUCGAAAUGACGGAUGUAUGAUGUUCAAAGGAUCCAAAAUGUAUAAAAAGUGUAUGCAGCGCGAGUUAACAUCGUCACGCCGCAGCUAUCUGUUAUGAAAGAAAUUGUUUUUUUACUGUGGAAGCCACGUGCAUCAUCUCGCUCGCAAUAAAUAAACUGCAGCUCACAUCCUUUGUACUCGCUUUUAUGUCACUUCUUCGCCGAUCGUCAGAGAGUCCGCACCUUUAAUCGAAUUAAAUUACAGCUGAUCAAAAUGACAAGAAUUCGAAAAAUUUGCUGCAUUGGCGCUGGUUAUGUAGGUGGACCCACAUGCAGUGUUAUUGCGCUGAAAUGCCCGGAGAUUCAAGUAACCGUCGUUGAUAAGAGCAAGGAGAGAAUAGCACAAUGGAAUUCGCAAAAAUUGCCGAUAUAUGAACCUGGUUUGGACGAAGUGGUGCAAAAAUGUCGUGGAAAAAAUUUAUUCUUUUCCACCGAUAUCGAAACAGCUAUUAAGGAGGCAGAUUUGAUAUUUAUCUCAGUGAACACGCCAACGAAAACCUUCGGCAACGGCAAAGGAAGAGCGGCUGACUUGAAAUACGUGGAGAAUGCUGCAAGAAUGAUCGCAGAAGUCGCAACAGGAGACAAAAUUGUCGUUGAGAAGAGUACUGUACCAGUACGAGCAGCCGAGAGUAUUAUGAAUAUCCUGCGCGCCAAUCAUAAGCCAGGCGUUUCCUAUCAGAUUCUUUCAAAUCCAGAAUUUCUGGCCGAAGGAACCGCUAUAGAAGAUUUGGUAAACGCAGAUAGAGUGCUGAUCGGUGGAGAAAACUCGCCGGAAGGACAAAUAGCUAUGGAAGAACUUUGCAAAGUUUACGAACAUUGGAUUCCAAGAGAAAAUAUUUUAACGACUAAUACAUGGAGUUCCGAACUGUCGAAACUAGCUGCAAACGCUUUCCUGGCACAACGAAUAUCCAGUAUAAAUUCAUUGUCAGCCGUAUGCGAAGCCACGGGUGCUGAUGUGUCCGAAGUAGCUCGAGCAGUCGGACUUGAUUCACGAAUCGGUUCCAAGUUCCUUCACGCGUCUGUCGGUUUUGGCGGUUCCUGCUUUCAAAAAGACAUUCUAAAUUUAGUGUAUAUUUGCGAAUGUCUGAAUUUGCCUGAAGUAGCGGCGUAUUGGCAACAGGUAAUCAAUAUGAACGAAUAUCAGAAAUCGAGAUUUUCCGCGAAGGUCAUAGAAUCCCUCUUCAACACUGUGACGGAUAAAAGGAUUGCCUUGCUAGGCUUCGCCUUCAAGAAAAAUACUGGAGACACGCGUGAAUCACCAUCGAUUCAUGUUGCAAAGACGUUACUGGACGAAGGCGCCGUUCUUCAUAUUUACGACCCCAAGGUCGAGGAAACUCAAAUCAUUCAAGACUUGAUUCAUCCGAGUGUAACGAGCAAUCCCGAAGAUGUAAAAAGUCGAAUCAGUAUUUAUAAAGAUGCUUAUAGCGCUACGAAAAAUACACAUGCGAUAGUUUUGUGCACCGAAUGGGACGAAUUUAUCGAGCUGAACUACACACAAAUUUAUGCGGGAAUGAUGAAACCAGCAUAUAUUUUUGACGGAAGGAAGAUUUUAGAUCAUGAUCGGUUACAAAAGAUUGGUUUUGUUGUUCAGACUAUUGGUAAAAAACUUGCGAGAUCCGCGAUUUCGAGAGCAUGGGGUAGUCAAACGCAAAUUUAAAAGGAAAUAGACCAAUCUAUAAACAAUACUUCCAAUUUGAUACAUAUGUAAUAUUUAUAAUUAACAAGGAUCUUGUUGAUUGUAUCUAUAGAUAUAUGAAUGCAUUUAUAGAAUAUACGGUCUAUCAAAAAGUAUGAGAUUAAAUACACACAAUGCAAAUAAUGAGAUUAAACUACAUAUUCAAUCUCAUUACUUUUCUGACAGACAGAUGUAUAAGAUGUAGAAUAUAAUUAAUUUAAUGAGUACGUUUAUCUUUUGAUGAACGUAUAAAUAAUUGACUGAGCAAUAUAAUAAUAUGCGAUUACAUACGACAUUUAUUUUAUGUUGUUAUGUAAAUUUGUAUCAAUUUUUCCUAUAACUAAUGUAGACGGUUAGAGAAAAGGAAAUUACAGUAUAAAAUUACAUUUUUCAGAAAUAUACUUUAAUCUAUAAGAGAUAUUGAAGAAAAUAUUUUAUCUUCUAUUUUUAUUUUGUGAGUUUCUGUUCAUUUUUUAUGAGAUUAAACUUUAUAAAGCUAGAUCAGCUUAUAUUGCUAUAUUAUUUUUAAUAAUACAUUAUGUAACGUUUAUCUUACAACACUUAAAGAGACAAAUUAAGAUGAAUUAAUUAAAAGAAAAACAUAUUGGAUUUUUUAUCACAAUUAUCUAUUUGAUUGUAUAUUAAUAAUGAUGAAAGCUUGAUUUCAUAGUAUUUUCUUAAAGGAAGAUGAUCAGUUAAAUGGUUCUAGAUAUAUUAAGAUAGAAAGAAAGAAAAAGAGAGAGAAAGAUAGUUGUCUGGUGGUGUAAAAGGCAGAGAGCUUAUUUGUAUUAUCUAUUAUAUAAAUAUUAUAGGAUAAUUUCGCACAACUCUGGAUCGCCUCAACGCAUAUCAACAAUGUUUAAUAACAAAAAUUACUGUAGAAAAUUUUAUUUUAUUAUACACAAAUAUUUGCACUCAUUUAAUUAUACUGUCAAUUUUAGUACGGUUAA